AUGUGCACACAUUGCGACUUUUCAGGUGGCAUGGCUGAUAAAGAAUUUGUGUGGUCUCUGUGGAAACGUCUCCAGGUGUCAAGUCCGGAUCUUACUCAAGCUGUCAGCUUGGUUGUGGAAAGAGAAAAGCAGAAAGCUGAAGUCAAGGACAGAAGGGUUUUAGAGAUUUUGCAAGCCAAAGACAGCAAAAUAGAAACUCUGGAACAGAGGCUCACAGGACAGCAGCAGGAAAUAAACAACUUAAUACAGAGAAAAAUUACUGUGGAUGAGGAAAAUGCCUGUUUGAAGAAUGAAUUCAGUAACUUGAACCAGAAAUUUAAAGAUAAAAGCCAAGAACUUAAGGACACUGAGGAGUGUGCACAGAAGAAGGAAGAGCAAAACAGACUGGUUAUAAAAAACCUGGAGGAGGAAAAUAAGGGAUUAAAUACAUGCUGUGCUGACCUGCUAAAUGACCUGGAGAAACUGAGGAAGCAGGAGGAACAAUGGAAAACAGAAAAAUCUGGCAACGAUGCCAGAGUAAAGAAUUUGGAAACUGAUUUAGCAGAGGCAAGAGAACAAAUGAAAGAGUUGCGCAGUAUAUGCAGUAACUUGUCAUCUCAGUUAGCUGUGAAACAGGAAGAACUCUCCCAAAAGGAUUGUGAUGUGAUCAGAGCUAAGAAGGAGUUACAGGAGCUGCAGAAUCUUUACAGACAAAACAUUAAACAUACAGCACAGCAGGCUGAGCUGAUAAAGCAACUUCAGGCUCUCAAUACUGACACACAAAAAGUACUCAAAGACCAAGAAGAUGCUCACACAGCUGAAACAACGUCACAUCAAAAACUUUAUAACGACUUGGCUUUAUGUUUUGAAACUGUUAAAAAAAGUGAAAUGCAACUGCAGCAAAGGUAUGCCUCUCUUCAGGAUCAGUUACUUGGAAAAGAUCAAAAGAUUUGUCAGUUACAAGAGCAACUUCAGCAAGCUCAUGAUGCCUUAAAUGCAGUACAUCAGAAUUCUUCUCCAAAAUAUGAAGUACAGGUAUUUCAACAGCCUUCUUUAAAUGAGCUAGAGUGUCUCAUUACAAUGCGGAAAUCUGAAAUUGAGCUUCUACAGGAAAAAUUGAAAAAAGCAAGUCUUAAUGUAGCAGAACAUAAUUUGUAUACUACAAAUACUCUGGAAAGCAGCAAUAUAAGGACUGGAAGAAAGCAUGAGGAACCACCUGUGAAACGUUCAAGGUCUCUGUCCCCAAAGAGCUCUUUUAGAGAGUCAGAGGAGCUAAGGAAGCUUAAAAUGGCUGAAAGGAAGAUUGAAAACUUAGAGAAGACACUACAGCUAAAGACCCAAGAAACUGAUGAGCUAAGAGCAGCCCAUGAAAAACGUGAAGAGAGGCUGCAGAUGUUACAGACCAACUACAGAGCACUAAAAGAGCAAUUAAAGCAGUGGGAAGAGGGCGAUAGCAGGACUGAAAGUAGUAAAAGCCGAUACCAGCAUGCAGACCCUGGUCAGCUUUGUCAAGAGGAUUCUGAUGCUUUGUGGAAUGAACUGGCUUUUUUCAAAAGGGAACACAAAAAGCUGUUGAUUGAAAAACUGAAUCUUGAAGAAGAACUGGAUCAGAUGAAAGUACACCAGUCUGUGGGUAAGUUUACAAUACAGUUAUUUAUCUAUGUUUACAACAAAAAGGGAAGGUAUAAGCCACUUCUUAAACUUAGUGAAUAUGAUGAAAUCAAGAAUAGUACUCCAAAAAGGAAUAAGAAAGGAGUUUCAUAUCAGACGUUACAGAAGGUACAACAACUAGAAAGAAGAUUCAAAGCUAUUGAAGGGGAAUUAAAGAAACAGAAAGAAGUAAAUAAAGAUCUAUUGAAGGAGAAAAAUUAUUUGAAUGCAUCUUUAAAGGUGCAAAAGGAAGAUGCAGACACCAGAGAAAGAGAGCUGGAAACACUACUUAAGAGGAUUUGUGAAAUAAAAAAAGGCAAAGCAGAACUUCAGUUAGUGAUUGAUGAGCAGGAAAAAGAAGCAGCGUCUUUGAAGAGGCAAGUGGCAGAAGCUAACAGGUUGAGAAAUGAAAAUGAAGAUCUGCUGAGUCAAGUGCAGGAGCUGAAGUGUUUGCUGGAUGAAGCCAAAGCAGUGGCAACCUCUGGGCAAUGUAAUUGCAAGAUAACAGGCACCAAGGUUAAAUUAAAAACAGCCAAGAAAAAGAGCUCUUUGGGACAUCAUGGAGCGUUUCUCAAACAGUCCAUCAAGGUUAUGAGUAAUGUAUUUGAGAACUUCAGUAAGGACGGCUGGGAGGAUGUGAGUGAAAGCAGUGACUGUGAAGUACCAACUUCUCAAAGUUUGGAAACCGUGAUUAUGAAGACAGUGCAAAACAUUGAUCCUCUGCCAGAGAGAAGUAACCAACAGGGAAAAAAGCAAAUACAAGACAGUCAAAAGCCCUGCAACAGUGUUCAUUUAGAAGGCAAAAAAAAGCAGUAUAAUAUAAAGGGGCAUUCACAGAAUAAAGACCUAGAAAACUUACUUUCCAAGAGGAGGAAGAUGUGCUGUCUUAGAACAUCUUAUCCAUCAAAUCUAAGCAAAGUGAACAGGACAAAAAGGAGAAAUAUCAUUGUCCAGAAACCAGGCUACUCUGUUAUUCUACUGCAGGAAAGAAUUAAGUCACUGCAGCAGCAGAUAGCUGCUUUACAGAAUGAAAAAAAGACAGCAGUGUCUUCUGUGAAGGGAUUUAAAGAAACCAAUGAAAAACUAACAACUCAGCUACAUUUGGCUGAUCAGAGACUUCAAACUAGUAAACUGACCAUAGAGGUGUUGACCUCCAACCUGGCCAAGUGGCAACAGGAGAAGGAAGAUUUACAAGGAAAAUUGAAGUUGAGAGAACAUCUGUCUCAAACUGCUGGCAAGAGUGAAGUCAUACCAGCUCCUUCAAAGAACAUUGAUUUAGAGAUGAAACAGCUGCAGUGCAAACUAAAGAAUUCGAAUAAUGAAAUCACUAAGCAGUCAACCACCAUUAAGUCACUAAAAAACGAAGUCCAGGUAAAAGAAGAACGGAUUCGGGAACUACAGGCGAGGAUUUCUCGAUUGGAGAGGGACCUUAAUAUGAAAAGACAUUUGAUAGAAGACUUAAGGUCUCAUCUAAAAGCAAAUCAAGAAAAUGAGAAAACCUCUAAUGAAACAUUAGAAAGUCUUGAGAGGAAGGUAAAGGCACUGGCUGAAGACUGUUCGAAGAAAAAAACUUCCAUUGACUCACUUAAACAAAGACUUAAUGUAGCUGCAAAAGAGAAGUCUCAGUAUGAGCAGAUGUAUCACAAGGCUAAAGAUGAGUUGGAGAAAAAGGACUUCAAGCUUACCAAUCUGGAAAGCAAAAUGAUUGAGACUGAAUGUGCCAUGACUGAACUUGAGACCACUGCAUCUCAACAACUACAUGGCUUGGCUAAACAGAGUGGGCAGGCUUUGGAAACUGUACAGAAGAAGCUGUUGCUCACCAAUGACAAAGUAGAAGAGUUCAUGACAUUUGUGAAGGCUCUAACCAGAGAAUUACAGCACAGCGUACAAGAGCUGAGAACAAAAAUCAAACAGGCAAAAAAAAAGGGAGAAGUGAGAGCAUGCAAAAAGGGUCUUUCCCAAGAGUCUGUUCAGUUGGCAGCAUCUAUCCUUAAUGUUUCAACAACUGAUCUUGAGGAGAUAUUAGAAGUAGAAGAUGAUGAGGAAACAGCAAAGACAAAAAUGGAAUUUGAAAAAGAUAAAGAGUGGCUGCAGUAUAUACAGAAACUUCUUGAAGCACAGUUUCCUUUUGCCUCAUACUUAAUGGAUGCCAUACUGGAAAAAUUAAAUGAGAAGAAGAAACUGGUAGAAGAGUACAGUUCUCUCAUGAAAUAG